GUCUUGACUAACGUAUCUUCGUGCUCCAAGAGACGGUUGUCGGCAUACAUAUUUCUCAAUUUCUCACUAGGGUGUUACAGGGGCUAGUAAUCUCGUAUCUUCGCGGAGACUUCCCAUCCCUAAUGGCUGGGAUUUCGAAACUGGAACAAGGAUAAGACCACAAGGAGACUCAUAUCCGCACGUGCUGAUGAUUUUUGGAAUUCAGCAUCCGUGAUCUACGAUUUCCAAAAAGUGACCGUAGGUUCAGUGGCGUUCCGCUACGUAUAAAAGAGAAUAGAUCGUGCGCACUUUCUAACAUCGAACCUCCAUGUCUUACAGAACGACAGUUCGGACCUUUGGCCCAUCUCCUGCUAGUGACAGUUUCCUCCUGAAAGGCCUGGAAGAUGCGCCUGAGACUAUUUCCACCGAGGCAGCAGACCAUUCUUCUAGCAGGGCAGAACUACGGAAUGUCAAGCCGAUUGCCUCCUACUCGUGGAUCGGAGGGCCGACACCUAGCAUCGCCGUUCCAGCUUCUCCACGCAUUUGGAAGACGACCACUGUUACGACCGUUCCCGCCGACUCCGGUGUCCAUUACGUCGAUCGUAAUACAUCGUUUAUGGGACGUCGUUCGGCUCUCAUCCCCAUAUUUGCUGCUGUCGAUUCACUGCAUGACGAUUUCCGGUAUCGUGACUUCGAUCUUGUGACGGACAGGAAUAACUUGCGCAAAUUGUUACGUUGCAUCGAUGGACAGCAUGAAAAGACCUUCCGCAUUGAUCUCGAUGUGUUAGGGAAGACGUGUCUCUUUACACGCCGCGAAGAAACCUUGGCGGAGACUCUCACAGAAUUCCGUGGAUACGGCCACGAGUAUGAAAUGGCUGCAACUAAACCACGUCGUGGCUCCGAAGACGAAAUCAGUCACCAUCGCAUCAUCAGCUACGAUUUCGGAGGGCUUAAAGUAUUGCUUCGUUAUGAAGUCGAUGCCUGUGCGGAGCCGGAAAGCGAGGAUGAUUCUUUCCUCGCCUCCUUCUCCACACUGAGCAUAGGGGCGACAGGAGGAGCGCCAACACUCUCUAAUGAUUCAGCCUUCUCCAGCCGUUUCGGGAUGAAAGUAAAGUUGACUUCACCUCGCUCGGUCCUUCCUCAGUCAAGCGUGAUCGAGAUUAAGACUAGAGCAGCACGCAGGGAACUGGACUGGAAAGAAGUCUACCCCCAGUUAUACCUGUCGCAAACAUCUUACCUGUACUUGGCAAAGCACACACGUGGCACAUUUGGUCGAGUGGAGAAGUUUCAGAUCAAUAGCGAAGGGAUGGCUGCCCACGCUAGAGAGGCUGAAGCUUCGAUGGCUAAAUUGGAGGCACUUCUGAGUGCUAUUCUAAAGGCCGUACGAAAAUAUGGCGAGGGAGUGCCUCUAAGUUUGGUGUAUCGUGCAGGGGAGUUACAGCUGUAUAAGCGCAAACAAGGGACUAGACGACUUUUCGGGAAGGACAUUUUGAGCAAGUUUCCGCGUGUAGCUGCUAACUGACGAAUUUGCUGACUGUAGGAGGAAAGAGAGAUUGGCAGAGGCAAUAGGUUGAUGAAAGCAAUUGCAAGUAGUGUUUUUUGACAGUUUUUCGGACAUCCU